CAAGUAUCUACUUGGAGAUAAGUAAAGAUAAAAUAGUUUUGAAACUGUUAGGAUGUAUUUGAAAGAAUUAAUUGUAUUUUGUGUGUAUAGUCUGCCAGCACUUGGUGUCGCAGACGGCGCGAGCCCACGUGAUGACUUGCAAGCGUUCAUAGAACGCUUUGAUGCUCUGGAAAAGAAAGUGGCGGAGCAAAGUACGCUGAUCACUGAGCAAGCUGAGCAGUUAAAGCAGCAAACUGUGACGAUUAAACAACUUGAGAAUGUUGUACACUCACAGGACGAUACAAUAAUACAACUUAAGUCAGUACUACAAGACAAAUUACAACAUAAUGAUGUAAACAGUUGGCUCCACCAAUUUGCUCCAGCACCGCAUAGACCAAGUAGAUUUGUAUUGGACAAUAAUUAUGAAACUGUGGCGUUCCAUGCUACCAGGACUGGAACCCUUGAUCAUAUCCGGGUCAACCAGACGCUUGUUUUCAACUCCGUGAAAUUGAAUAUAGGGAGCGGGUACCAUGCUUCCGGUGGCAUAUUCAUUGCACCGGUUUCCGGUAUUUAUAUUUUUUCAACAUCAGUGACGUUCAACGACAACGGGGAUGAGAGCCAUAUGAUUAUAGAAAAGAAUGGCGUGGAAAUAGCAGGUGCCUAUGGGAACGCUCGCAAUGGUCCUCAUGAGCAAGGCUCUGUUACAGUUGUCAUGGAGCUGAAAGUUGGUGAUGAGGUUUACGUCAGCAACCAGCGUCACAAUGACGUCAUCGCAUACGGAGAUAACUUGUCCAGUUUUAUGGGUUGUUUGAUUCUCCAAAUUUGAAAAUGGUAUAUAAAAGAUAUGGACCGAAUA